AUGAAGACAUCAGGCCGAAGUGCUUCGAUGUUGCUUGGAUGUCGUUCGUGCCAUUUCUGUGGAGUUCGUCAUGCAACAACCUCACAGUUCUACGAUACAGUAAUAGUUGGCGGUGGAAUGGUUGGGAAUGCAAUGGCUUGUGCAUUAGGUCUGAAUCCACAGUUUUCUUCGAGACGGAUUCUUUUACUGGAGAAGGGAAAGAACACUCCAUUACCGAAAUCACCGCCAGAGCAGUACAGUAACCGCGUCUCUGCAGUCGGACCAGCAGCCGUACAUUUAUUCAAAAAUCUCGGAGUUUGGGACCGUCUGCAAGCUCACAGAGUGAAGAGAGUGAAUAAACUACGAGUUCUUGAUAACUGCUCUACAGCAGAACUAGAACUGGACCAACCUGUGAAGAAACAAGAGGUUGCUUACAUUAUUGAAAAUAAUGCUAUCGUUGGCGCAUUGUACGAUAAAAUCAGGAUUAGUUGUCCCACAGUCGAAAUCAAAUCGGAAGCUUCAGUCAAGAGUUGCAGAGUGUCACCAUCAUUGUUUGAUGUUGCCCACAUUGAACUGGAGAACGGUGAACAAAUUGAGACAUCACUUGUGGUAGGCGCUGAUGGCUCUAAUUCGAAAGUCCGGCAAUCUAUGGACGUAAACUACACCGCAUUCGGUUACAAUCAAAGUGGCGUUGUGGCUACUCUCGUCGUCGAGACACCAGGAAAAAAUGAUGUAGCCUGGCAGCGCUUUUCUCGGGCAGGACCAAUCGCCUAUCUUCCUUUAACUUCCAAGCUUUCUUCUCUUGUAUGGACGACUUCCACAGAUCAUGCGAAUGAACUUUUGUCCUUGAGCAAAGAGAAGUUUGUCGACGAGCUCAAUAACUCUAUGUUCACAGAUGAGGAUCAAAACGACUUCGUCAACAAAUCCCUAUUUCUCUUCUCGAAAAUGCCAUUUACUUCAAAGAGGAUGGGUGCAACUGCUCUUCCUCCUCACGUCGUCGCCCUUCAAGGAGACACUCGUGCAGCUUUUCCUCUCGGCUUCGGACAUUGUCAUUCGUUAGUCUUGUUUUAUUUUGAAAGUGCCGAAGUUGACGAUACAAGUGAGAGGUAG